GUAGUUAUAGAGCAUUAUAAUAAAAAAAAUGGGUGGAGUAGAUUUGACAGAUAAUAUUCUCCAUUUUUAUGCAAUGUCACGUACACACCUCAAAAAAUAUUACAGAAAAAUAUUUCUUCAUUUCUUAGAUAUAACUGUAAUAAACAGUUACAUCCUUUACAAAAAACUUUGUGGUAGGAAGUCACGUCUGAACUUUGUAAUAGAUUUAGCUGAAAAACUGAUAGAAACAUAUGGAAGAGAUAAGAAUUGUAAUGCAGGUAGACGCAAAAGGUGUGUAGUGUGUAGAGAGAAAUGCAAGAGGAAAGAGAGUAUAUAUUGGUGCGAAUCAUGUAAAACUGGACUGUGUGCUGCACCAUGUUUUGGUUUAUAUCAUUCGUAGUUUAGUUGAAUGAGCUUUUUUG